AUGCUCCGUGCCAAGCCCAAGCAGAAGCUGACCUUUGUCUUUUGUCCCGUUGUCGUCCUCUUCCCCGACAGUUUGCACCUCACCACGUUCUGCCUGCAGUAUCGGCCCACAGUGGUCGCCUGCGUCUGUAUACACCUUGCCUGCAAGUGGUCCAACUGGGAGAUCCCCGUGUCGACCGAUGGCAAGCACUGGUGGGAGUACGUGGACCGCACGGUGACGCUGCAGCUGCUGGACGAGCUCACACAUGAGUUUCUUCAGAUUCUGGAGAAGACGCCCAGCAGGCUAAAGAGGAUCCGAAACUGGAGGGCCAUUCAAGCUGCUAAGAAGCCAAAGACAGAAGGUCCUUCUGUGGACGGCGCAUUCCAGGGGGUGUCGUUAGACAGCCUCUCUGGUGUCGCCGGUUCCUUCUUCCCUUCCACCUCAACGUCAGACUCCACAGAGAUGUCCCUGGGUGCCAUGACAGGCGCCUAUGCCUCCUACCAUCCUCUCAGUGACCCUUUCUCGCAGCCCCCCCAUUCGGACUUCACUGUGUUGAAACACGAACACAAAACGGCAGGCGGCUCUGCCAGUAAACCCCAGCAGGUCGCUGCAAACGCAGCCCCUUUUUUGCGGCCGCAGAAAGUCUUAACUCUGGAAAAGUACAGAGAGAAACAUGCGGCGGAGCUCGCUCUGCAGAACGGCAUCAAGGAGGAGGCUGGCACAGACAUGUACACGCCGCCUCCUGCCGCUACCUCGCACCACCACAAGAAGCGCAGCCAGGCUCUGCCGGGCGGCCAGCCGGGUGACGGUAGGCGCGAGAAAUCGAGCUCCAAAAAGACUCGGGUGCCCGCUUCUUUCGCAGAGAACGGCUCGGCCACUAACGAGGAGCUCAAGAUGAGGAUCAAAGUUUCAUCGGAUCGCCACGGUGGCUCCGACCAGGGCAAAGACAAGCACAAGGAGCACGCCAGCCACCGCCACUCCAAACACAGCCACUCCCACCCGUAUUCCCUCGGCGCCAGUUGCCGGGUGGACACCGCUUCCGUGUCCCAGCGACCUCCCGGCGGCGAUUGUAGCUCAGGCUCUUCUCGAAAGAGGCCUCACCCUGACGGAGGCCACCAUCACCACCACCACCACCACAACCACCACCAUCACUCGUCCAAGAGCAGCAGGAGCUCAAAGGCGGCCAUUAGCUCUGCCCACUACUCUGAUAGCAGCCAGAGGAUGAUGGAGCACCACGGCCACGAUGGUACCAACGGCCUGCUGAUGGCCAACGGCCAACACACUGACUACAAAGACACUUUCGACAUGCUGGACUCUUUACUAAGUGCCCAAGGAAUGAACUUAUAACCUCCAGUGUUGUUCCCACUGCCGUAUUACAGCAUUGAAUAGACUUUUAAAAAAAGAGAGAGAAAAAAAGUCUUAAAUUAUAUGGAUUUCUCAUUGUCCACACUGCUGCUGAUUCUUGUGAAGCUGUCCAAUGUAACAGCAUGAUGCAUCAAGCUGUGUGCGACAAAAAACGUUGAAAUUUCUUUUCACAAUUUUAAUGUGCAUGUUUGAGGUUUUAAAACAAAGGGAAGCCGCAUAGCUACUAGUGCUUGCAGCCAUCACAGCAGUUUACACAGUUAAUUUAUGUUCUUCUAAUGUUCCACUAAAAAUCUCAGGUUAUGAACUUUUUUAAUAUAAGAAAUUGUUGGGUUUUCGUACCUGCUUGUGUGGAGACUCACCACCUCGCCCAAUAUAAAGACAUGAAAAACUUGGUAUCUCACCGGGCCACAGCCUGCUUAUUAUUUUUUGGUGAUUCUUUUUUUCCCUUACAAUCUCCCCAAAGCAGCGCAUGAGCUCCACAAGCAGACCCAUUUUAGAUCUGCAAUUGAAGCUGAUGUAACGUCUGUGAAAAGCGCAUUUCUGAUCUAUCGACUUAAAUUGCAAGAGGCCUUUUAAUUGUACUGCGAGUGACCACUCCCUCCAUGGGUUGUGAUAAAUGUAAUUGUCCGAAAAUACCAAUGUCUGUUACAAAUGGUGUAAAUAGGACUACAGUUCACAUUUACAGUUGUUGGUCAAUGCCUUUGAUGUCGCUUGAAAUCUAAAGCAGACAAUUCUCUUCAAUUUGUGUAUUGGGAACCCAAAUAAAGGUGUUAAAGUGACUUAUUUUGUUCACUGCGCCUUUUGUCGUCAAAUACUUGAAGGUGAAUUAUGUGCUUGCACUGAAACAUGGAUCACUUCACAUCAUAAAUUCAUGCCUCACUGUGAAUAUUUUAAGCCCCUCAUUUUGGCCCAGCAAGUGAAUGUGAGAGCAAGCGCUAAAUCAUGCAGAUGGUUUAAUCCUGGCCUCAUAAUGUUGAAUUUAAGCCUUUGCUUGCUUGCACAUGGAAGAUAAACCCUUUUUCUCACAAGCUGCCUGCACAGUUUACAUCGAUCUUGAGCCCACAGCAUUGACUGAUUGAUGAAACUCAAGUAAACAUCAGGAAAUGUUUGAAAUCUAAUGUUUUUGCAUGGUUCAAUCCAGCAUCCUUAACUCACUUGUGGGUGGAAUAUUAAAAAAAAAAAAAAAAACUACACCUCCAAGUAUACUUGUGCAUCUAAUUUGAAGUGUGACUGAAAAGACAAUGGGGGACAUUUUUAGCGCAAGUGAUCCAUCUGGACUUGUACGGCACAAUGGUGGGAGGCUGACGAUUUAUUUUCAGCGGCAAGCAAGAGGUGAAAUCGACACCCACUUCCGACAAAUCAUGCACAGAGUGGGAUGAGGAAAGCCACGUGGAAACACAACUUCGAACUAAUAACUACAUGGGAAAAUUGACUCAAAUUAAGACUAUAUAAGUGGUAAGGGAAAUAUAUAUAUGUAUAUAUACAGUGCUGUGAAAAAGUAAUGGACCCCUUCUCAAAUAAAUUUUUUGCAUUCUUUGAGAUCAUCAAACAUGUAAAUAUCAGACAAGUAUAACCUAAGUGAACUUAAUAUGCUGUUUUUUAAA